AUGUCAGCAGCUGAGAGUGGUGCGUCAGCACAGGCCUCCGUGGACGACGACCUAGCCCCAGCUCUGCCGCAUGGGGUGGGGGAGGGGUGCAAGGCUCCAUUCACACCGCCUGGCCCGUGCGUGCGCGCCCUUCCGCGCUCGGCUGCAGCACCGGGACGACGGACGGCGGCGGUGUCGACGAGCGGCGGCAGGCGCGUUGAUCACUCGUGGGCGCAGCAGGCGGCGGGCGACAGCAUGGACAGCUGCGACGGCGAGGCGGCGCGAGGGCCGCACCCCGGACCCUGGGGCAGGCGGUGGCCCGUGGCAGCUACGGACAGCGGCGGCGGCGGCGGCGGCGGCGAGCGUGACUGCAUCGCGGACCCUCCUCGGCUCGCGUCCGGCGGCGAACUGCGUCACGCUUGUGGCGCGCUAGUGCGCGGCCACGCACAUUCUGCAACGCAGGCGCCCGGCUGGACCCUUCCUGCAGACAUGAACAGCAGGGGGCUGCUCCAGUCAGCUACACGGGGGUCAAUGGAGGAAGUGCAGGUACUGCUUGGGGCUGGUGCUGAUGUGGGGUACAGAGGAUGGACCAUGUGGACCGCUCUACAUUAUGCAGCGAAGCAGGGACAUACUGAUAUUGUGAGGUGUCUGAUCGGGAAUGGGGCAGAAGUGGAUGCCAGGACCGAUGUGAGGCAGACGCCUCUACAUUUGGCUGCAUGGAAAGGCCAUGCGGCAGUGGUGCGGCUGCUGGCGGCGUCCUCGGCCGACGUCGAUGCCAAGGAUCAGUGGGGUAGGACGCCUCUGCACUGGGCGGCACCCUACGGCAACGCAGAGGCGGCGAAGGCGCUGCUGGAGGCAGGGGCCGAUAGGGACGCCAAGGAGGACGCAGGGAACACUGCGCUGGACUUAGCAAGAGUGAACAAGCGACAAUGGAUGGUAGAAAUCCUAUCUAGCAUUCCAACAAACGACUGUGAUGUGAACUAA